AUGGCUACUCAGAUUCGUGAUACGCAAUUUGGCCACCUCGUACGAUUUCUUUCUAGAAACAAACUGUUCCUAUUCCCUGACGAAGCCGAUUCAUCUAUAUGGAAAAAGUUGCUACCGGGAGAUAAAGGCUUGCCACUCGAGUCUCUAACAGAACAAACCAACGCCACACAAGGAGUUAUUGUGCAAGAUUCCAAUGCGGAUCAGACAGCCGUGGACAAUGGAAACUUCUAUGUGGUAGAUUGGUAUGGGCCUGACGAUCCAGAGAACCCUCAGAACUGGUCCAGAAACUGGAAACUACUAGUCUCUUUCCUCAUGUGUAUUCUCAAUUUUUCAUUCUACAUCGCGAGCUCGAUAUAUGUCCCUGGCAUACCGAGUAUCAUGCAAGACUUUGGCGUCAGCGAGAUCGUCGCCACGCUAGGGCUCUCCCUCUUCACGAUUGGUUAUGGAUUAGGUCCCAUGCUCUGGUCUCCGAUGUCCGAGAUCCCCCAACUCGGGCGUAGCCCCCUUUACUUCUGGACGUUCCUCGCCUUCAUCCUCCUGCAGCUGCCCACCGGCUUCGCCGUCAACAUGCCCAUGUUCCUCGUCUUCCGGGUCCUGACCGGGUUCCUCGGCAGCCCGCCCCUGGCGACCGGCGGCGCCACCAUCGUGGACAUGUACGACAUGGCCAGCGCCGGGUACGGCCUCUGCAUAUUAUCCUCGUUCGGCGUCCUCGGCCCCGUGUUCGGCCCCAUAAUAGGCGGCUUCGCCGCGCCCGCCGAGGGCUGGCGCUGGACUAUCUGGAUCUUCACGUGGCUGUGCGCGCUGGUGCUGAUACUCCUAUUCUUCAUGCUCCCCGAGACGAGCGCGGCGAAUAUCCUGUAUAGGAGGGCGAAGAGGCUCAGGGAAACAACUGGCGACGCCCGAUUCAGGAGCCGGUCCGAGAUCGACGCCGCUCGGUACAAGCUGAUAGACCACCUGGCUGUUCUGGGGAGGGCUUUCACGCUGACGUUCUCGGAACCGAUCGUUUUCUUCAUGGACCUGUACUCGGCCCUUCUGUACGGUAUUCUGUUCCUCUGGUUCGAGUCGUUCCCUCUCGUGUUUGGCGAUAUCUACGGGAUCGGCACCGGCGCGCAAGGCCUAGCUUUUCUGGGGAUCUUCGUCGGCGCCCUUGUGACCGUACCUCUAUACCUGCUGUGGGUCAAGCGCGGCGUGGUUCCUAUGUUUGCCAAGCCGUCGUUCAAGCCCGAGAUGGUGCUCCCGCCAACAUUCGUCGGCGCCGUUUCCCUCCCGAUCUGCCUCUUCUGGUACGGGUGGACGGCGCGGGAGAGCGUGCACUGGAUCCUGCCUAUCGUAGGCUCUAGCAUCUUCACCGUCGGCGUGGUCACGCUGUUUAAUACGAUAUUCAACUACCUGGGGAUCUCUUAUCCCGCAUACGUCGCGUCGAUAUUUGCGGGGAACGCGCUUUUCCGAGCUUCGUUCGGAGCAUCGUUUCCUCUCUUCGCGCGUGAAUUAUUUCGCCAACUUGGUAUCGGUCCCGGGAAUUCGCUUCUUGGCGGGAUAGCUAUCUGCUUCAUUCCCAUUCCUUUCGUCUUCUAUCGAGUAAGCAUGAUCCUGACUCCCCGUUUCCUCCUUACGGAACUAAUUGAGAGGCAGUAUGGCCAUAGGAUUCGUCACAUGAGUAAAAACGCUCGGCAUGAUAUCUGA